UCAGCAUUGAGCAUAUGCACCGCAUGGUCUGUAAUGUUCCCAGUCUGUGGAGUGUGGAACUGGAAGCGAGAGUGAAAAUAACCGGCGAAGUGCGAACAUUACAGAUCUACGAUCGUCAUGUUCUCCACUGUGAAGUUUCUAAAGACGGGAAAGUUACUGACAAACUAUCUGUGCCAUGAGGGUGCGAAAGGUUUCCACAUGCAAGUGGUGUCUCAACAAGGCAGAUCUCUUGGGAACAAAUGGCUCCUUCUGAAAAGAAAUCAGACAGCGGUGCCCUACGGCCUUGCUGGUUCCUUCAAAUUCGAAAGCACCGAUGCCAAGGCUUCGGUGCUGGAUUCGAUUCCCGAACCACCGCCGCUCCCCCCGCCAACACCGAGUAUCGAGCAAAUUUCUCAAUGGAUCGAAUCGGUGGAUAAUCAGGUCAUUAAGAGUGGAAAUUGUCUUAAUGAUAAAGUGGCCUUUCUAGACAUGAAUAAUCAGCCUUCACAACAAAAUCCUGGAGAUUAUCAGAUCUUACAAGAGCUGGAGAUUUUACCUAAAGAGGUUGUACAGCAAACGUCAGAGUCAACUGAUGCUGAGGUCUUGCACAUUUCUGAUGAAUCUUCUACAAAUGUUAACGAAACGGCUUUCAACAGUUUUGAUGAAUCUCUUAGAGAUGUUAAUGAAGUGGCCUUGCACAAACAGGACAUUUUCAAGACACACCAGGAAAAUGUUCCAAUGGAGGUCAUUCCUGAGCCCCCAGUUGUACCGCAGGACUUGCCUGGAUCUAUAUAUAAGCUUGCUGGGGAGCCAACAUUUGAGAGUUUAGGCUUGGGAGGUUGGUCGCCAGUCGGCAUAAUCCAGAAUUGCAUGGAAUUUCUCCAUGUAACGUGCGAUUUGCCAUGGUGGGGGUCAAUAGUGAUCGGCACGGUUGUUGUUAGGACCUUGAUGUUUCCUCUCGUUAUCGUAUCUCAAAGAAACGCCGCCAAAAUGAACAACCAUCUUCCUGAGAUGCAACUAAUUCAGUUGAAAUUGACGGAGGCCAGGCAGAGAGGGGACCGACUUGACGCUGCUAGAUAUGCCAACGAAAUGAUGUUUUUUAUGAGAGAAAAAGGUCUAAAUCCUAUAAAGAACUUGUUAGUCCCACUAGCGCAGGCACCCUUAUUUAUUUCAUUCUUCAUGGGCUUAAGAAAGAUGGCAAAUCUUCCAGUGGAAAGCUUAAAAGUUGGAGGUCUCUACUGGUUUGCAGAUUUAACAGUUCCCGAUCAGUUUUAUCUUUUACCAAUAAUCACUUGCGCCACUUUAGCAAUAACAAUUGAAGUUGGCACAGAUACGGCUCGCCUGAAUUCUUCAAAUAUGGGAUUGUUCAAAUAUUUGAUACGAGCACUUCCACUUGUUGUUUUUCCUUUUACUAUCAAUUUUCCAUCGGCUAUACUUGUUUACUGGGCAUCAUCGAAUUUUAUUUCUCUGCUUCAAGUCGCCACUCUCAGGAUUCCCCGGGUGAGGGAAUAUUUUAACAUAGAACAGUUGAUAAAGCAUAAUCCGAAAGAACUACCUGUGAAAGACGAGGGCUUUGUCAAAGGAGUCAAAGAAUCUUGGACGAAUUUAAAGAUCACAAAAGAACUUGAAGACAGGCAGCGAGCUGAUGAAAUCAAUUUUAUAAGAUCAGGAAGGGGCCCAAUAAGGAAGACAUUCAAAUACGACCCUACGAAGCCAAUCCUACCAAAUAACAUGGUUCAUGCAAAGAAAAGAAAUGAUUAACUUCAUACUCACAAAAAAUCUGUAAAUAACUGUAGCCUAAGAUUGUAUAGUUUUAAUGUUAACUAAAUAUAUUGAUUAUGUUUGUUGAUUA